GCGCCAACGUCUCUGCGCAUGCUCUGCGCGUCGGCUUCGGGUACUUUCGACCCGGCUACCGCCGCCCUCACUUCGGGGCUAGAGGUCGAAGGGGGCGGCUGACGCUCCGCUUUUCCAGAGCAGCCUCCGAAACCCUCUCUUCGUCCUCAGCUUCGGGAGGAAGGUGUCGGUGGGUCCUUUCGCCUUCGCGGUGAGGCGUCGACGGCCUGUGGCGGUUUUAGGCGCCAGGUUUCCGGGCAGGGAUCCUCUGACCGGGGGAAGCUUGCAGCCUCGGGCCGACAUGUCCCACUACGUGAACGACCUGUGGCCCGGCUCGCCUCAGGACGAGGAGUCCCCCUCGACGUCCCGGUCGGGCGAGUCCGGCCGCCUGUCCUCGGCGUCCAGGAGCCGCUCGUCUAGCGGAAGCUCUCGGUCUCGCUCCAGCGGCUCGAGCCGGGCGUCGUCGCGGAGUCGCAGUCGGAGCCGGCCCCGGAGGAGGGGCAGGUCGAGGUCCCGGUCCGUUAGGCGCCACCAGAGGAAGUACAGGCGCUACUCGCGCUCCUACUCGCGCAGCCGGUCGCGCUCCCGCGGCCGCCGGGACCGGGACCGGCGCUACGGCGCGACCGGGAGAUACCGCCGGUCGCCGUCCCGGCCGCGCUCCCGAAGCCGGUCCGGCUCGCGGGGACGCUCCUAUUACCGACGGGCCUACGCGCUGCCGCAGGGCCGGCGCUACUACGGCUUCGGCCGCACCCUGUACCCGGAGGAACGCGGAAGUUGGAGGGGCAGGUCCCGGAGCCGCUCGCGGAGCCCCACCCCUUUUCGCUUGAGCGAGAAAGAUCGAAUGGAGCUGUUAGAAAUAGCAAAAGCUAAUGCAGCAAAAGCUUUAGGAACAGCCAACUUUGACUUGCCAGCUAGUCUCAGAACUGUUCUUGGAUCUAGAGAAACCAACCGUGGAACAGCUGUACCAAACAGUGGUGCAAAGUUUGAGUUGUCGGAAAAGCUAUCAGAAGAUGGAACUAAAAAUCCCAGUGAGAAGUCUUCCCAGCAAAAAAGCAUAGCUUUUAGCUCUAAUAAUUCUGUAGCAAAGCCAAUGCUUCAGAAACCAGCUAAAGCUACUGCUGAAGAGACCUCUUCAGGAACUCCCAAAAUAGAUAAGAAAAAAAGUCCGUAUGGACUGUGGAUACCUGUCUGAAAAAAGAAAAUUAAUGUAGAAGGUUGGCUUAAGUGCACUUUAUUGCAGAUGUGUAUUUCUAGCAUUAUUGAAUCCGUGGGAGUCAUUUAGUGGUAAUUGUUGCAGUUCCAAAGGAUGAGACAUAAAUAUGUAAAUCCUUAAUAUAUUAGAUUAACAUUUUAGAUUUCUCUUAUAGAUAAGAACACAUGGACCAGAGGAUUCAUACAGGUGGGAGUCUUGUACAUACACUUGUAAAUGUUUUGUAUGAUAGUUUAUAUGUAAAAGCAAAAUUUAUAAGAGAAAACAGUGUUUAUAUUUAAUAAAUUUGUUUUUUAAAAUUUGUGUCA